AUGUCCAAUACUACAUCUCCAACUUCUCCAGGCCGUACAUCUCCUACAACAUCCAUACUUCACACUGAAGCAGGCGAAUUUCAACAUGCCCCACCUUCAGGUCCACCACCGACCCAUCCUCAACCAACCACCACUACCACUACCAAUACCACUACUCAGACACAACCUCCUUUCAACGCUACGGUAAGAGAAGACAUAAGCGAUCCAAAAGUAGCAGAAUUACAUCAGAUGUUCCCUACAGUGGAAAUAUCAGUAAUUGAACUGAUAUUAGAGACGUCGGGAGGAUCAACAGAUAGAGCGAUAGAACAAUUAUUGGGAAUGACUGAUCCGGAUUUCAGGAGUGAUGAGUUGACUGGAACAAGGGAAGAUGCCCAAGUCGACCUAGAUGCGGAAUUCGCCAGAUCACUCCAACUAGCAGACGAAGAAACCUAUCAAAGGGAACAAGCUACAUUCCAUUCUAGAGUGAACGCAGGAAAUAAUCCACCUCCUCCAGGAAGUGGUUCAGGCGGAUUACCAUACCAACCUAGAGUCAGAAAGAAUAGACCUCAACAACCAAACCAACAAGAUGCAUUCUAUGAUGGUCAAGAUGGUUUACAAGAUAGAUAUGGUCAAAGGGAAGGUGGAGAGAACCCGGCGGGUAUGUUGGCUUUUGAAGAGAAAGUUGAAAAGUUUGCAGAGGUCGGCAAGCAAACCUUCAACUCGUUACUCUCCAAGGCGAAAGCGAAAUAUACCGAAUACCAAACACAACAACAAUCCCAACAAAGAACAAACCAAUCUGGCUAUGUACCUGAAAACCUUUCUCCUAGUGGUGAUAGAUAUACCAGACCUGUGCCAGGUAUAGGAGGUGGAAGAGGUGGUGAACAGAAUAGAAACUUGGGUGCAAACGCUUGGGAUGAUAGGUCACCAAGCUUACGAUCCGAAUCGAUCUCAUCGGAAAGUACAUUUGACGCUCCAUCUCAAACCCAACCUAUUAGACAAAGUUCAAAUAGAUGGCAACCGUCCGAUGCGUAUGACGACCCUCUUCCUCCUGCUAGAACGAUGAGUGGAUCCAGAAUCGAAGUCACUGGGGGAAGGAAGGUUUCAACUUCGGGUACAGUUGGUAGUCCAGAUAAGCAAACAGGAAAAAUCGAUCCUGCUAAAUUGGGUAUCUUACCUAAAAAACGAGUGGAUCUGCUGUCUUCCUCCCCAUCAAACUCCAAUUCACCUUCUACUCCACUCAUGAGAAAGACCAAUGAUGACGCUGAAGAGGAAGAUCCUAAUCCAUCUUUACCCAAUGCACCUCAUUCCCUGGUCAGCAAAAUCCCACCUACACCACCAGCGGGUGAUGACAGAUAUAGAUUGGAAGAUAGUGAUGAUGAAUUGGAAUAUACCAAGAACCCUUUUGACGAGAGAUGA